AUGGUAAUGAAAAAUAAUAAUUAUUUUGGAAAAGACAAAAUUCCAUUGGGUUCAAGUAUUCUUGAAGUAUCAAAAAAAAUUGAUAAUCUUGAAAGAACAAUUAAGGCAACAUCAAAAUCAAGCAUACGAGAAAUAAAUCGUUUAAUUCAGUAUAAUCAAAUUAUGAAUCAAUUUGAUAAAAAUUUAAAUUACGUAGACAAUAUUUGUACUUCUCAUGCAAAUAAUCAGCUAUUAAGUAUAUUAGAUUCAAUUCAUCGUGCUGUUGUUCCAAAUAAUUUAGCAACAGUUGGACUUUUUGAUGCUUUAAUUAAUAACCGUCAAACAAAGGAAGAUGCUCUUAUUUGCAACAUCACAGCAUCAUUGGAACAAGAAAUUUACGGUGUGUAUGGUAUGGUCAGCUUAGCCCAGGUAAAAGGUUACACAAUGGCUCGUUUUUCAUAUGAAAUAUUAAAAACAAUGGAACAAGGACAAUUCGUUUACGAAGUCAAUGAUUUAAUUGAUAAAUUUAUAAACGUUGUAACGACAAUUGGAGUAAAAGCAACAAAUAUUAUGAGUAUUGCAUCGAGAGAUAUUCGUCCAUGUGAUCCAGACAAUCACAAACAAGGUGAAACAUAUGAACAACUUAAUAAAUUUAUACAAGGCUUUGUGACAAAUGAAGUAUCACUAAAUUCACAACAUACAUGUGAUAAAACAUGUGAAAGUUAUAAACGAACAUCACUGUAUCCUUAUGAAACAGUACCUUCAAAAGGAAUUCAUAAUUGUCAAGGUUCACUUCAUGAUUGCUUUGAAGAACUUGGUACAACAAUGUGUCCACCAAAUAAUGAUGCAAAUAAUGAUAGACGAUAUGGUGGCUUCAAGGGUGUAACAAUUCUUUUAAAAAAAGACGAACCAGACAAGGGUGAUGUUACAAAAUGUUCUAAGCAUGGUAAUACACUUCAUGAAAUUUUUGGUAAUGUUCAAUCUGGAUACCUAAAUGUUUGUUCAGUUUGUAUGUGUCUUUGUGAUGAUUACAAUAACAUCGAAACAGCUAGAACAUUUAGUUUAAGAAAGGUUGAAACUAAUAUCGUUGAAAAUUUGGUAAUAACAGGAAUAAAAUUAGUUAAGAAAAAAAGAGUAUUUUAUAUUCAAACACUACAAGGAAAAUUAGAAGCUGAUGGAAAAAUUUUAAAUACAAGUUUGCAGUGGGUAUCUGUUGCAGAUGUUGAUUAUAAAAAUCCAAAUGUAUCAAAGUCUGAUUAUCAUACGUUAAAUUAUGAUGAACGAUCUGUUAAUUUAGAUACAUUGGCGUCUCCUGAUGGCUAUGCUAUGACAGGUAUAAGAUUUUUGAAAAUCAAAGGACAUUUGUCACUUGGAAUUAAAGUAACACCAUUUAAUUUUACAAGUGGAUUGUUACAAGGAGAUGAAAACAGCGAGUGGAUAACAAAUUCAGUUAACGACAGAUCGGAAAUUGUUAUUUCAAAUGCUGGUAUUCCUACACUAUCACGAGAUGAAAAUAUAAUACAUAUGGAAAAAAAUACAUUUGUUAAAUUUGGAUGGAGUGAUUAUUUGAAAGAUAUUCAACAAACUCCAAUACCAUUUUUAGAUAUUCAACCAGUUGUUGCAGAUCCUCCAGCACCUCUUUCAGGAGCUGGAAUUUAUUACAAAGGUCAACCAGGUUUUGGAGGAUUUGUCGGUUUAAAACUUGUUGCUUACAGUUACAUUGAUCUAGUUACAACUAAAGUUGGAGAAUAA